GUGCAGGAAAACGUGCUCAGUGACAGUCAUACAAGCAUGCACGCAGCUCAGCGCCGACCAGCUUCAGCAGCAGACAUGUAAAAAGAUGGAUUAGAAAAUAAUGUCCCUCGCCUAUCAUCACCAUCAUCACCACUACCAUGUUCCCGGGAGUUUUCUAUGCACUGCUGGCGGGUUUCCUCGGGGCCGUGGCGUCGUCCUCGGCCAAACUGUCGCUGGGAGCCGACUACCUGAAGGGUGUCUGUGAAACCGGACUCCGGACAUGGGGAGAACAGCGGAAAUUCAGACAGGCGGACGAAACUACCGCCUGUGACCGGCUUCAUAUCCCUCUGAGGCUGCUGUGUGGCGGCCUGCUUUUCACCUGCAAUGCUGUGAUGUGGACCUUCCUUGCCAAAGCACUCAGGUAUUCCUCGUCCUCCACCCGAACCACUGUGACCACCACUGCCUCCAACUUCAUAUCUUCCGCUUUCCUGGGCCAGCUGAUCUUUGGGGAAGCCCAGAUAACAUUGUGGUGGGUUGGGAUCUCUCUGACCUUCUCUGGUUUGUUGGUACUGCAGAGGGUUUCGCCGCAGGAUGGACAACAGAACACGGUUGCCAAAAAAGAUGAAUAAUGUGACCUGUCUCUACCAGCUGGCUGUGGCUUGUGGUCUGUUUUGGCAGACAUCUUCUCUGACUUCAGAGCCAAAGAGCAGUAAAAUCUGAAACAGCAGUUGAAUUUAAAGUGUUUUCUUCUUUAAUCUGGGCACACCUGGAAAAGUUAUUAUUCCACUUGUUAAAGAGCAAGUAGAAAUAGUUGUUUUCUUCCAGUCAUAUAACAAAAUUCAGUUUCACCUGUUUAGCCUAAAGUGAAAUUAUUAAUCAACAUACUUAAAAAAAGAUUGCUUUAUUGAAAUCAAUAUCUGUUUUACAGGUUGCUGUUUGUAGCCCUGCAGGAUGUAAAACCCUGCUGGUUCAGCUGUGGUGCAGCCUUGUUUAGCCCUUUCCUAAAAUCAGAGGAGAUGUUGGCUUUCAGACAGUCAAACCAGAGCACAUCCAAAGUCUGGCUAGUAGAGACAAAAUAAUGGAUGGCUAAGUCUGAAAUCAUCUCUGUCCACAAAGAAGAAGCAAAAAUUAUACUAGCUUUACAUUACUUUUUGGAAAGUCAACAAUAGCACAACAGCUUCUGAGCUAAUGGAAAAUAUAAAAAGGAAGAUAAAUAAAAAGGUUGUUAGAUAUUUUGGGAAAUGCAUCUGUUUGAUUUCUUUUUGAGAGUUACAUGAGAAGAUUGAUACCACUAACAUGUCUUUAGAGACAUACUUUAUGAAGCCUCAUCUGGCAUAAUUUAGUCUGACUGGAAAUCAAAGGGUAGCUGGCCUGGCUCAGUGUCAAGAUAACCAAAUCUCCUUUUAAACACAUUUUAUUUAAAUAAUUAAUGCAUUAUGUCAUGUUUGUGUAAUAUAUUCACAAACAGAACUGCAAAAAUGACAUUUAUUGUCUUUGUAGGUCAAUAUUUGUGAAACUACUUUCUAACUAAGGGUAGUGACUUCCUUCCUGAUAAAGGGAGUCAUUAAAACCAAGGUGUUGAUUUUACUCUUUGGUUUUUGACACAGAACACAAGCUGGGAGUUACUAGAUUAUUAGGGGAAAAGUGAUUGGAGACCAUAAAUGACCAAAAUUAUUUUAACUGUGCUAUAAACCUGCGAUCUUGUUGCCUUUGAAACAGUUGCUUCAAAGACGGAACUGAGUCUGUGAUCAUUUGCAGUUGCUGUCUUCAGGCAAUAAGAGCAACUCUGCUAUCAGUUUGCUAUUGAAUGGGUCCAAAUUGGCAACUACAUGCGACCUGUUGUGGUAAUCCAAUGAUUAAAUAAAUUGGUGAAAAUUUGCAAAUCUGUUGCCAUCUGCAUAUACAGAAAAAUCACAUUAACUACUUGCACUCAGAGUCCAACCAAAAUCUUGUAGAUUUGAAAGAGAAGUUCCUCCACAAUUAGUAAUGUAGUUACUAUAGGAUAGCAGUAUAACUGUAAAGUGACAUAGGUGCUUAUCAACCUUGCUUUUCUAAGGAAUAUAACCAGAAACCACCCAGUUGGCAACUAGUUGAGUUGAGAUGACUAAUGCAAAGAGACAUGGCAGACAAGUUGCACUCAUCAGCACAGACAAACUCAGAUUGAUUGCAUCAUGUUGGCAAUAAUAUUUUCAAACCCUUGUCAACCUGUCUGAGAGCAGUUGCUGUCACUCUGAGUCAGACUCCGAUUUUCUGGAGACAGGUUGCCUCCCACCAGGCAACCUGUGCAAUUGUCUUGCAACUGAGAGUAACUGCAGAGACUGAAAGUGUUAGAUGCUCAGUCUCUGAGUGACCAGUUGGUUGCCACAACUAGUCAUCUGGCAACAACCAAUUUUUCCCAGGUGCAAGUAAGUCAACAUCAUAUUUUACUCUAGUGUGACUGAGCCAUUAGACAGACUUUGUCCACCACCAUUAACUGUAUAGACAUGAGAGUAAUCAAUCUUUUCAUCUGGCUGUCUGCAGGAAAGGAAUAGAUACAUUACUGUAAAUGGAAAUCUUUAUAGGAAAACUCAAAUAAUACAGAAGGAUAAUUUAAGAAUUUCUGCACAUAUUUGAUUUCCAUGUGUCAUCAUUAGCAAUGGACAAAUAACAUCUUCUGCUCUGUGCAUCACUCAGCCUGUGCAUUAGGUAUUGUAUUCCAAAAAGCUCUCUUAAUUCUCCCAUUUCCUUAAGUUACUAAGACACUCACCACAACAUCCAGCACCAACAUUGCAUUUUAUGCAUGCUCAAGGCAAUGUUUUAUAAGUGAAGUCCUUAGCUAAUGAAGUGUGCUUAUAUUUUCACAAGUAAUAAUGCUUCUGAUGUAGCACUCAAAGGCUUAUCCCCCCGAGAGGAAUUCUCUCUCUGCCUGAAUUUAUUUAUUUUUAUCUGCCUUUCUUGACAGCUUGAACCUUAACCUCGAGAUAUGAGCAUGACACAUAUUUUGAUUCAGAGGCAGCUGAUUUUCGAUUUCAUGAUAGAUGUGUGCAUAUUAUCAAGAGGGCCUGAACUCAGAUAAAUCACACCAAAGCAUCCUCCUGCAUCUACAAUCCACUCAGAAUCAGAGUGACGUCCCCUUUGUGAACCGCUUCAUUAAACUUGUGACUUAAGUGUCCCCCGCUAUCUCUCCAGUGCCAGGCCUUGCGAUUGCCAGUUUAGCUUCUUUGACCUGAAUUUAAAUUCUCAUAUUAGUCUGUCGCACAUCUUGAAUAAUAAUUCAUUAUUUCUUUGGGCUUCAUAGACAUCUCUGUUCGCUAACAGCUUCCAUCAACAUCUCUGGAUGAGUCGGUGAGAGUGCAAUAACGUAUUUUCUCAUACACUGUGACAUGUGUUACGGAGGGAGCUGUGAACAUUAAUAAAUGAAGAGAGAAAAUGUCAAUAUAUGCUACCAGAGGGAGGUUCUCUUAGUAUAAUCAGCUACAGGGAUUUGCCUGAACAAGACAUCAAAGGCUGCUUUAAUGAACAAAUCACAUUUUGCUGUUGUUUGGAUACAUAUCAUAAUAUAAAUGCAUAAUGGUAGCUAUGGUACUUGUCUGUAGUAUCUCACAGCAGUAACGCACAAAUAUAUCAAAUGUCCUUCCAAGUGCUGCUGUGAAGGUUUUGUACCAUGUGAUUUGCAUCCCAGUUAAUGUGACUGCAGUGAAAAUGUGACUAUAAUAUUAUCUUCUCAUAUUCAAGGCACGCCGAACAAUAUUUCAUAGCAGGGAUGUACAUGAAGCAUCAUCAGGUGUUUAUGCCUCAAUGUUUUGCUUUAAUUUAAAAGUAACAGUAAGAUAUUUUAACAGGAGCCUGAUGAGAUCAUUAUACCACUCUGUAAAAAAGCUUUAAGUGGUCAGCAAGACUAGAAGAGUGCCUAUAUGCUAAGUUAAGCUAAUCAGUAACUGUUAGUUAGCUUAGCUCACCAAAAAUAUUUUAAAUGGACUGUAAAUACCAAUACAUUUGAAAUUACAAGCUAAGCUGUUGGUUAGCCUAAGACUAAAAAGACUAAAAAGAAGAUUGCUAGUAAAUAACAAUUCGAUUUAUAUCCUAUGCUAAGCUAAUCAAGUAGCUAACCUAGUUAGUUAGCUUAGCAUGAUUUAAAAAUUGUUACAUAAAUCCAUAUGCCAAACCAUUUACAACCUAACCUAAACUAACCAGCUUGCAGCUGGCAUAAAGACUACAAACGGCUGCAAGCUAAUUUAGAUAACAUCAAUUCUUAAAAAUGUCAAACUCAUUCAUUGUCUGAUUAGUAUCAGUGUUCAGAGACUUUGCUUCUAGACCCCGUAUCAUAAUGACUUUACAUUUUUACACCUAGAGAGUUUAAAUGUUAACAAAGUAAUAUGUCAGUGAGUUUUAGAGGGGUCUUUUUGAUAGAUCCUCCUUCUCCCAUUUGCAAUCUUAAUGUUAGGCCUAUCUAUGGGGUUCUUGGCUGUGGUAAUGAUCUCAUCUGGCUCACAGCAAGAAAUUAAAUGCUGAUGUAUUUCUUUAAUCUGCCUUUAAUAUCUGCCUGGCUUUUCUCCAGUUAACGGCAUGAUAUGGGAAACCAUGUUCCUGUGAAGCCACUCUCACUGUAAGAUAAGCAUCCAGAGAUUCUGCAGUAGCAAAAAUUAUAGCUUUGUGAGAGCAGCAUGGUAUUGAAGUGGCAUGCAUUUCUAUCCGUGGGUGUCCAAAGUGUUUAGAAAAUCACUAUAGUAGGGCUUUGACCUGACAAGCUGCAUGUCACAAUGACAAGUUAAUAUGCUGCACUGCAAGAAAACUAAAAUGGUCUUAAACAGUGUUUAACUUGGUAGCUCCGUAAUGCAACUAUAUGAUGCAGCUGUUGAACCCAAAUGAUAAUAGAAUGGGUCAUUUUCUGGUGAUUUCACUACAGGCAAGAUGCUGCAUUCUGCAUGCUCUAUCCAGGCAGCUCUUUGAUUUAAAACAGAAUAUUUCAAAUAGUGACAAAACAUGACUCUUCUACUGUGUGCUGGAAAUUGUAGAGUUCAUGUUUGAAAACAAGAUAAGGGGAGCUCACUGAAGACCUGAAGGAAAACAGACUGAUUUUGUGUCUGUUGUACUCCGGCUCCUGCUAUAAGCAGCUCAGUCAUCGCUUUAAUCUGAAAGCUGCUACACC